AUGAGGUCGGUGAUGUCGAGCGGAUUCUCGCUGGUGCCCGGCGUUAUCUUCUCGCUGCGCCUUCGUGAAGACUUUUUAGACACAUUGUACAAUUUUGCAGAAGUUUCACCUCCUGCUUCGCUGUUCGCUGUGCUGUUCUUUGAAGUCUCGGAACCCGACGGCUCAUCUGAUUGCAUGGACCCCCGACUCUCACGCCCAUCUGUCUCUGGCGAUCCAGAUUGCGUCGAUUUCUCAGGACGCGGAGUGUCGGCGCGGAAAUCUUCCUCGCUGUCGCUAAUGUUAGGUGAGUAUCGGGAAUCAUCAGAAUCCCCUUUAUCCGCCUCGAAUUUGUGA